UACAUCUUGACAAUUAUUAGUUGAUGUUACUCAAGUUUACAUUUAAGAGUUACAGUGUGUUUUAUUUACUUAACACUUGUUCAUGACCUAAAAUGUUUAAGUCUACAAGAUAAAACCUUGUUCUUUGGAAACAAAAGUGUGUCUUUGCAUAUAACCUAGGGUUGUGAGAAUUGUACUGUAUAUAAUAAAUAUAUUGCGUAUAAAUAAAUGAUAAACAUAUCCAGUGCUUGCGAAUUGUAACAUUUAUAUGUUUUGAAAAUCAAAUGACUUCUAAAAUGGAUAGUAAAACCCUGUGCUCUUCUUUCAAGACAGAGUGUAAAUACUGUUGGUACAAGUCAGGCUUUGGAAAGUCCUCCCACUUCUACUGCAGUGCUUUCCAGUAUUGCUGUGGCGACAAAUGUUGUGAAAAUAUAGAUGAAUUCUACAAGCUGUGGUAUUUUUGGUUAUGCAUUCUUGUUCUGAUCCUCUCUGCAUUUGUGGCUUUCUAUUGGCUGAGAAAUCACUAUGGCAACAACAGGUCAGCUCAGGAACAAAGAUCAAGGUCACACAGACGGUCAAGAUCAGGAAGGAGAUACAGGCAACUGACAGGGGACAGUGUGACAUCGGCCCCCUCGGUCAUUAUCCCUGAUUCUGUAGUCACAGCCCCACCCCCGUACAUGGGUGACAACACAGGAUGCCCACAUCUGGGACCCCCGCCAUACUUUCUGGGAUCAGGAAGUUCUAUCAACUCACAGCCACGAUUUCCUCCGCCCUACAGUAAAAUAGAAAAACAGCCACCACCUAGCUACAGCAGCACUGUUGAAAUUGACGUUGUUGACAGUAAUGGUGCCAUUCAUGGAAAGAGUGAAAAAAAUAAUGAUCGCAGUGAUGAUAACUCUAGUAGUUGAUGUACUAUGAUUAUGAUGGUGGUUAAUAUUUAGCUUGUUCAUAUUCAUAAUUUCCAAUCGAUGGGUAAAAUCCAAUUAAUUCCGCGUCAUUUAGACUAGGCUUUUAGUUGGCUUCCCUCUGACAAAAUAGUCAGUGAUAUAUAGGAGAUAUUAAGAAGCACUUCAUCAUAUUGUUCUGUAUUGGAAAAUGAAGAUAAAAACUUCCUUAAGAUAGCACUGAAACGGAUGCAAAUCUUCAAGAGUGCUUAUGACAAAGUUGGUUUUAACAUUUUAUUCAACAGUCAUGUUUAAGAUGUGAAUUAUUUAACUUGAAUGAAAAUGUUAUUGGAAAAAACUCACAUAUUUUUGUAAAAAGUUGUUGCAAAAACAUAAGUUGCAAAAGCGUUUUUAAAACAAAAAAACUACAGCGCUUCCAUUGCAACAACAACAACUACAACUGCAGAAGCACAAACAACAACAGUACUUCCAUUGCAACAACAACAACUACAACUGCAGAAGCACAAACAACAACAAUGCUACUGUUGCAACAACAACAACAACGUUGACAGUACUACAGUAGUGCCACAUGAUGAAAUAUCAACAAUGCUACCUUUGCAACAACAACAACUACAGAAGCUCAAACAACAAAAAUGUCACCGUUGCAACAGCAACAAUAACAGCAACAUCAGUACUACAAAAGUGCCACAUGAUGAAAUAACAACAAAAGUGUUUAUAGAAAUGAAUUACGGAGAGAAACUGACAAAGAAUAUUCAUGUAUUCGUUAUAACUAAUGAUCUUUAACUCAAAGUUAUAAUGGUUCUCAGAUCAACCUGUUAGCCGAACAACGACUUGUUAGAGACAACAACGAGAUCCCUGUUUGGAAACUUAGCCAAAGGAUGACAACUUUAUGUCGUGCUCUCACUUAAAUAGUUGUUUUAAGGUUAUAAACUCAUUUUUCUUUCAGUAAUAGGGUUAAGGAAGAAUUUAGAUUUUUCUAUUGUCAAAUUCUAUUGUUCAAUUUCUGUUGUAAAUAUUUUGUUAGAAUGUUGACAUUGUAGUUGAUUGUAAAUUUGAUUAAUUAGCUUUGCCCUGCUUGUUAGAACAUUUUUUCACAUUCUCUUUCUUCAUGCCUUGCUCAAUUUACUUCGAAUUUGUUUGUUGAAAGUGGCUCUUUAUAAUUGUCAUAGCAAUGGUGACAUUUUCAGCAUCAACAUCAUGCAGGGCCUUUAAUCUUUGACAGAAAGAACUCAAAUCAUUGAAAGGUGUUAACACGAAACUUGGUACUCAUGUUGACUAUGACAAUACACUCAUGUUCCUUAACUCUGGCUAAAAUUCAUGUCAGAUUAUGUCCCUUGAUCCAGUGGUCGAAAUUAUUGCAAACCUGCAAGCUGUGGUAAAAUGCUUUCUGGGCUUGCUCAAAUUUUAGAUUUUGUGAAGCAGGAUCAUUGAAUUUUUAUCAAUGCUGACUUUUUAGUGUAAGAAUUUGAGCUGAUUUACUAACAUGAAAGGUGGAGCGUGGGCAUUUGUUAUUGGUGCUCUAGUUACAAUUAAUUGAUGCUUUUAGACACCUUAUAUUUUCCAAGGCAGGGCUUUUGUAGACAUUAAAAUUAUUUUAACAUGGAGGCAUGUUCUUUGUCAUUUUAAAAAGAUGUUAAAAGUAUUAAGUUAUGAUUUUAUGAUGUUAAAAUUAUUAUGCUUUUAUUUUUCAUGCACAUUUUGAAAAAAGUUUUAUGUACUUAAAGGGACUAGACACCAAAUGGUCCAAAAAUAGGCAAAUACAAUAUUUCCUCAAAACCAGCCUAGAAUUAACAAUGCAAGCUAGUAUGAGUCUGAUAAAAAAAAUUUUACAUGAUUAAAAUCAUAUUUUAUUGCUGUCUCAGCUGAGUUUACCUGUUUAAAAAUAGUGCAUAUUGGUUUCCCAGUUUAUAGUGUGUAUAUUUAACAUGUGAAGGUCCUGUGAUUAGUACAGAUACAUAUACCUACGCUAUUUUUAAAUUUACUUAGAUUUAGGCUGUAGAGAAACCAUGUAAAUUUUGCAUUGGAAAAAUAUGCUAAAAAAUGCAAAAGAUAUGUGUGUGGUACCCAAUGUGAUACAUCAGUAAAUAAGAUUCAAUGCAUUGUACACAACGAUAUUAAUUAUGGAAGUUUUUGACAAAUUUCUUUUUUCUUACAAUGGUAAUAUCAUCUGGUGUCUAGUCCCUUUAAUCUUUGCUUCCAAACUUGGUGAAUUGUAUUUUGAUAAAUAUAAUAGCCUUGACUUUGAACUUUAAAUCUUAAGUAAAGUUCAUGAAGGAUAUUCUUUAUGAAAAAUGCACUUUUUGACGUUAGUUUGAUGCUCUUCAUCUUUCCUAAAAUCCCUACUUGGAGAUUCGUAAUUUUAUUAGUACUAAUGACUUACCAAUCUUUUAUUAAAUGCAUGGAGGUUUUAGUAUUUGUUGUUUAAGUUUUGUUAUCAAUGCCAAAAUUAUAUGAUUUUAUCAGAUGUUUUUUUCAAUUAUCAUAGAAUGUUUCCUUUUCAUGAAUAUAUUCUUUUCCAUUUUUCUAGUCAUUUUGUCAUGUCCCUAUCUCUUUGUUUUUUUUUUCAACUGAUAAAUUUACAAAGGUUGUUAAUUUGUGCCAAUGAUUUUAGUUUUAUUUUAAAAACAUUAUGUUUUUCAAAGGUUAGAGGGUGACUUUUCGAAAACAAUUUCUUGCCAAAGAUGUACAUCUGAACACACUUUCAAAGGAUAGAUCAUUUAUGUUUUAGCUUAGGGCUAUUCAAUUUAAACAUACUCCCGUGGGAAGGCACUUUUAAAGUAUGCCACACCCUUACAGAAGCAAGUUUACCCUUUUGGGGUCCAAAUUAGCGAAAAAAAGACACCCACCCAUUUACUAUUAAUAUUAUUAAAAUAAUUGUCUUUCCCCCCGUGUGUUAUGUUUUACUGGAAUAGCCCUUAAACCAGAUUCCAUUAGGCCUGUCCAAAGUAUUAAACUGAAUUUUUUGCUACUGGUUUUACCUUAGUCCUUUGAUGUUCCAUUUUUUGUGCAUGUUGAUAUGUUUUGGUGAACAGGAUAAUAAGGCCAACUUUAACAAAAUAGUAGUUUUCAGUGGCCAAACCCUGACUUUUUUUAGUGGUUUGUUUGAUGGGGACUAAUUUUUAAGACAUCUUUAUAUAUUUGUAUUUUCAGUCCUUGAAACUUUUACUAAUUUUACUAAAUAACCUCAUUCCCCAAUUAAUGAUCGAUAAUGCUUGAUUAAUUACCUGUGGUUUACACCUCAUACUCUAUUACAAGUCACCAUUCAUACACUACCAUACUCUUGACAUUUUAUCUUAAUUACUUAUUAUGUGUACCACACACGGUGUUUCUUAAUUGUAAUCUGUGAGGAUGGAAAAUUGAAUUUUGAGUUCAGAAAUGACAGUUAUAUUUAACUUAGAGAGCACUAUAUAUUUUUUUUAUCUAAAAGUAGUUUUCAUGAAUUAAGCCAGAUAUUAGUUAAGAAUGGCCUAAGCUAUUGAAGCACUUCAUAAAUUCCUUUUGUUUUCUGGCAAACCACAUUUUCUACAUGCAUUAUAAAUAUCAGCCUAUUUCACUUUUUUGAAAAUGAAGGUAAACUAUUUGUUUUAGAAUUAAUUGAAACCAGGUCUAUUCCAAGUCCAAGUUUUUCACAUUGAAAAAAAAGAUUUUGUUAUAUAUUUUUUUUAUAAUGUUCAAGCUCCCUGUAUUGUGUGUAUUAGAAAAUCAAACUUAUUUAUAUAAUAUGGCCAAUGAUAUUCUUUUAAUAUUUUGUUAAUAAAUAUAAUCAUUGUAUUACUUGGCACAUGGUUGCAAAUGAUUGAUAAAUGCUAUUUAAAACAAGUUAUUGCAAAUAUUCAGAAUGUAAAUUCAUUUAUACCUUUCAUUUUACCUAACAGUAUGUGUUAUUGCCAUAUUUGAUACGAUCAUAUGAUGUCUCCUUAAAACUUAAUCUUUUUUUAUUACAUAAUAUCUAAUAUAGCAGUUGAAAUAAAUUUGUUAAAUGUUAAUGCUUUUGGCUUUAUACAUGAUUACCCAGAGUAUAGUUUAUUUAAAUCCUUAAGAUAGCUUCAAAAUUGAUUACCGUCGUAUGGUGAUUUAGUAAACAUUUUCUUACAUGAUUGUGUGUUUAGAAUAAAACAUGUUGUCAAAUAUUUUAUGAUGUCAUAAUCAGUGUGUCAUAAUAUUCUUGUAUUUUGAUCAGGAUUUUAAGCCAUAAUAUGAUUUUAUAUAUUCACACAUACUCAUAUGAUUGUGGAUAUAAGGCCAUCCUUAAUAAAAAAAAAACACAUGGUUUUCUGUGGACAAGUCUGCAGACUUUUCUGUUGAUUAUUUAGGCAGGGAAUUACAUGUGUUCAAGACCAAAAAAUAUUAGGAAUAUGUUGUUGCAAAUUUGGUUUCGGGCAUUUGGGAUAAGACGGUCAAGCUACUGCAAAUAAAUGUGUUUUUUAAAGGAUGGCUUUAACUUUAUUCACCCUUAUGAUACUCAGUUAAAUCCUGUUUAUAACUCAUUUUAUUAAUGUUAUAGUUAUACCAUCAGUUAAUAAUUGACAGUAUUGCAUAAUUAUACCUUCACAUCAUCUGCAAAGAUCUUGGUAUUAUACAUUUUUUAACUUUUGCUGAAAGCUUUUUUUUACGGUAUAUUUUGUAAUUUGUGCUAGCUUUAUUUACGGUACAUUUUGUAACUUGUGCUAGCUUUAUUUAUGGUAAGUGCAUUGCAAUUCAUUUUUCUCAAUCUUUAAAUUGUUUGUAUGUUUAUUAGUAAAAUAACCUUAAAUAAACAUUGCAUGAUUCAUUUGCAUAACGAAGGUUGAAACACCUAAAAUUACCAUAAACAUAUAUAAUGGCCAUGAUAUUACUCACAUAGUUUUUUUAUUUGAUAACAGCAGUUUUGACAUUUGCCUAACUUUAUUGUUCUACUUGUAGUGCAAAAUGUUCAGUUUUACUAUUAAAGCUGCACUCUCACAGAUUGACUGUUUGGACAACUGUUUUCAUUUUUUGUCUGGGAAUGAGCCAAUUCUUGAGUUAAUUUGUGGAAACCAGUGAUAUAGGACUGCUGACAAAGAUCUGAUCGCAUAUUUUCAUGUUUACGUUAAAAAAUUAAUGUUUAUGGUUAAAAGCGUUACUAACGCUGUAAGAAAAAUGAGUUUUUUUGCAGUUUUCCAGACAAUUGAGAUCAGUUCUUUAGUGAGUUAUCUUAUAUGACUGAUUUGAUGGCAUUGAUACCAAAAUCAGCUGAUUCUGAGACAAAAAAAUAAAAUAAAGUCCUAACUGUCAAACUGUGAGAGUGCAGCUUUAAAAAAAACAACAGCUUUUUAAUAUUCAGUAAACAAAUAGCAUAAAUUUGCAUCAAGAAAAAACUGAUCAGAAAUGCAGAAUAUAUGUUACAGGCAAUGAUUUAAGAUCAAUGCGUGAUACUAUUUGAUAUUGAAAGGUUAACUGUUGUGCUAGUUUUGAAAGACCAUAUAGGUUAUGAUCUUAAAAUCAUGCAACCCAUAUGUGAUAUUAUUGCACUACAUAUGAAAGUUUCAUGAACUAUCAUUGUCGGCAGGCAUGUUGAAUGUGCUUUAAGCAUUGAUUCAUUCUAAAUUGAGUAAUAGGUCCAUAAAAGUUUAUGCAAAACUAAACACAAUGUAUUGUAAGAUGGUAUUAAAAUUACACUUUUAAGAAUGAAGGAGAAUGAUGUCUUUUUUAGAUGGUGAAAAUAAAAGAUAUUAAAUUAUUUGACUUUGUAUAUUAUUCUCAACUGACUGGUCUGUACUAUUUUUAUUCAAAUCAAACUAUUUUCUGUGCCAUUUUUUUUGUUUUAAGUGCUAUGUUAUGUAUUUUGUUAAGUUGUUUAACUAAGUUGACCGUUGUUCAUAUAUGCUUGUUAUUGCAUUAUCAUGAUUACAUCAUGGACAAUAAUGUCAUAAUCAGAUACCUAAUGUCCUCAUAUAACUUUGCUGUCAUUUUAAAGAGUAUUGCUUACAGAUUAUAUGUAUGUAAAACAAAUGUUAAAAAAAUUAAUAAAGUUAUUGCAGAUUGA